CUCUCUUGAUUUUUGUCUCAUCUUUUUCCUCGUCCUUUUCUCCCCCCUUCUUUCCCCUCACCCCUUGCAAGCAAGGUAGGUCUCUGCCAAAACCACUCCUUUUAACACCAGAGGUGGUUUUUCCGGUGACCCUAAACUUAAAAACCCAAUCUAAACCUUUUUUUUGGUCAUUAAUCUUUCUCAAGAAGUUCAAAAGGGUUUCUUGUGUUUUAACCCCACAAAGCCUAGUUGCCUCUAAGUCAUUUGUUCCACUCUAACUGAUCCCAACAUAUAUUUCCUUCCCUGAACAAUUUUCUUAGCAGUAUAUCGCUGUUACAUUAGAAUAUUCUCUCAUGAUCUCUCUUCCAUAUCUCUUCUAGCUGGUUUUUUUCUUUUGAAGAGAGUUUUCCGUUAUUGUUUUUCGCUGAGAAAAGAGAGGGUACAAAAGGGUUUCCAUAAGGUACAGUAGUAUCUUAGUUUGAGCGUUACAAUCUUUGUUUUGAGGCGAAGGUUUUGAAAUUGAUGAGUCAAAGGGGUUUCUCACAGUGUCAACUCUUCUAUUUUUUCUAUAUCUAGCUGGUCUUUAAUUUGGCACGUAAGGCUGAAGACUUUAUGGAAGACUAAAAACCAUAGUCAUUUCUGCUGUUUUGCAACUUGGAACAAUACCAUUAGCUUAGCCCAGACAAAACCAGAGAAUCUAUUAAAAUCAACCCAAAAACCUCCAAUAUAGGAAUCCAAAGCCAAAACCUAACAAGCGAAGGAGAAAUAUGUCUACUGCUGGUUAGGGUUGUAAAGGUGAUUAGUUACCUAGGUCUCCCAAGAUGAUGCUUCCACUGAGCCACUUACCACCCCGUUUAAGACAAGAAAAUUGCUGCUCUAAGUUCUCAGUCCCCUUGCCUAACAAUCAAUAAGUAGUCAGCUGGACUUGUAUUCUCUUGGCAGAACCCAGAAAUCCAUAGCGUCGACAUUUUACAGAUUUGUUGACAUGUUCAGUCCAAACCUGUUCGAUAGUCCCCAUAUGUUCGACAUGACCCAUAAGACCUCUGAAGGUGAAUUGGGGAAGAUCAGGGACGAUGAUUAUGAGACCAAAUCUGGUACUGAAACCAUGGACGUGCCCUCGGGAGAUGAGCAAGAUCCUAACCAGCGCCCCAAGAAGAAGCGUUACCAUCGCCAUACUCAGCUUCAAAUCCAAGAGAUGGAAGCGUUCUUUAAGGAAUGCCCUCACCCAGAUGAUAAGCAAAGGAAGGAGCUGAGCCGCGAGCUAGGGUUAGAACCUCUACAAGUCAAGUUUUGGUUCCAAAACAAGCGCACCCAAAUGAAGGCCCAACAUGAACGUCAUGAAAAUGCUAUAUUGAAGGCUGAGAAUGAAAAACUCCGUGCUGAGAACAAUAGGUACAAGGAAGCUCUUAGCAAUGCCACAUGCCCGAACUGUGGAGGCCCAGCUGCUCUCGGAGAGAUGUCAUUUGAUGAGCAGCAUUUGAGAAUAGAAAAUGCCCGGUUACGGGAAGAGAUUGAUAGGAUAUCUGGGAUAGCUGCGAAAUACGUUGGCAAGCCUUUGACUUCCUUCCCCCACAUUUCUUCUCAUUUACACUCACGUUCUCUUGAUCCUGGAGCUAGCAAUUUUGGGACACAAUCAGGUUUUGUAGGAGAAAUGUAUGGUGGUGGUGAUCUUCUAAGGUCGGUCUCUGGGCCUACAGAAGCAGAUAAGCCCAUGAUUGUUGAGCUUGCUGUUGCGGCAAUGGAGGAACUAAUCAGAAUGGCCCAAUCUGGGGAACCUUUGUGGGUUCCGGGGGAGAAAUCUACAGAUGUGUUGAAUGAAGAUGAAUAUUUAAGAACUUUCCCUAGGGGAAUUGGACCAAAACCUUUGGGGCUGAGAUCUGAAGCUUCAAGGGAAUCUGCUGUUGUCAUUAUGAAUCAUGUCAACCUAGUUGAGAUUCUCAUGGAUGUGAAUCAAUGGUCAAGUGCAUUUUGCGGUAUUGUUUCAAGGGCUAUGACUCUAGAAGUCCUAUCAACUGGAGUAGCAGGAAACUACAAUGGAGCCUUGCAAGUGAUGACAGCUGAGUUUCAGGUCCCUUCACCACUUGUGCCAACUCGGGAAAAUUAUUUCGUGAGGUAUUGUAAGCAGCACACUGAUGGAACUUGGGCAGUGGUUGACGUUUCCUUGGAUAAUUUGCGCCCUAGUCCAAUGUCCAAGUGUAGAAGAAGGCCGUCAGGUUGUUUGAUCCAAGAAUUGCCCAAUGGAUACUCAAAGGUUAUAUGGGUUGAGCAUGUAGAAGUGGAUGAUAGAGCUGUCCACAACAUAUACAGACCAUUAGUUAAUUCUGGUCUAGCUUUUGGAGCAAAACGUUGGGUGGCUACAUUAGAUCGACAGUGUGAACGCCUUGCAAGUUCAAUGGCCAGUAACAUUCCGGCAGGGGAUCUAUGCGUGAUAACAAGCCCAGAAGGGAGGAAGAGUAUGUUGAAGUUGGCAGAAAGGAUGGUGACUAGCUUUUGUACCGGAGUUGGUGCUUCUACCGCCCAUGCAUGGACAACUUUAUCAGCAACAGGUUCUGAUGAUGUGCGGGUUAUGACCAGGAAGAGUAUGGAUGAUCCAGGCAGGCCUCCUGGUAUUGUGCUAAGUGCUGCAACUUCCUUCUGGAUCCCUGUUCCACCAAAGAGGGUUUUUGAUUUCCUGCGGGAUGAGAAUUCUCGAAGUGAGUGGGAUAUCCUUUCAAACGGUGGUCUAGUUCAAGAAAUGGCUCACAUAGCCAAUGGUCGUGAUCCAGGCAAUUGUGUCUCUUUACUCCGCGUAAAUAGUGCGAAUUCUAGCCAAAGCAACAUGUUGAUACUACAAGAGAGCUGCAGUGAUGCUACAGGGUCCUAUGUGAUUUAUGCGCCGGUUGAUAUUGUUGCUAUGAACGUGGUCUUAAGUGGUGGGGAUCCGGAUUACGUUGCCCUUCUACCAUCAGGUUUUGCAAUACUUCCUGACGGUCCUGGACUUAACGGAGGAGGAAUUCUAGAAAUCGGGUCUGGUGGAUCUCUCCUUACUGUCGCGUUUCAGAUCUUGGUUGAUUCAGUUCCGACGGCAAAACUCUCUCUUGGAUCGGUGGCCACUGUCAACAGUCUAAUUAAAUGCACGGUUGAAAGGAUCAAGGCUGCGGUUGCUUGACCAGAAGAAGGUUUAUCACGUGAGGGAACAAGAGGAGGAAGAGAUGGGGGGGAUAUUAAAAUGGUGGUUGCCUCAAAACAUAAGCAAGAAGUCAAGAACGCACCUCUCAUGAUCCCUGCCUCGUGGUGUUUGCCCAGGAAGAGAAACUAAGCGGUAAGAAAUAAAGGCAAAUCACCACCCUGCAAGGGCAAUAGGUUCGGGAAUUGACUUUGCCAACAAAGAUGAAAAGCUUAACUCAGGUCUAAAUAUAUAUAUAUAUAUAUAUAUAUAUGUUGGGUGAAACUCACCAUUUUGUGACCUUAGCUGUAGGAGUGGUUUAUAUUAAACUGUCUAAUUUUAUUUUCCUUCUUUUGUUUCAUGAUGUGUUUUGUUGAAGCAUAAUUAGUUGGAGUUACACCCAUUAACAAACAUUUGUUUCUGCUUUAUGUUUUGGUAGUUUUGAAAUCAAUGAAUAGCUGUUGCUUUUGCUA